GAAGUGCCCGGUUUAUUUAACGCAUCUGCUUGAGUUUCCGUAAAUAAAUUUGGCCCAAAUAAACGCUAGACGUUGAAACGGAAGUGUAAAGACCGAUUUGAAUUUAUUUAUUGUUAUUUUUUUCGCGGUUGGCAGCGUGGUUAUUUGACAAUGUUUAAAUCAUUGUUGCCUUGGAAACAUAAGCACAACAAGAUAAAGGUUAUGGCUGCUGUAUCUGGUAUGGAAAACGAAGUAACCACCCAAAGUCAACACCUAGCGCCAUGCCAGACCUGCGGCCGCACCUUCCUUCCAUCCCCCCUAAGAAAGCACGAAAAAAUCUGUCAAAAAAACGCCGCGAAAAAACGGCGGGUGUUUAACUCCCUGAAGCAGAGGGUCGAAGGUACGGACCUCGCGGCCUUCCACAUGAAUCAGGUGCUAAAACCGGUCCUGUGCCAGCCGCCGCCGCAGGAAACGCACAAACCGAAACCGAGCAAGUGGAAGGAGAAGCACUUGGAGCUGGUGACGGCGAUAAGGGCGGCCAGGGGGGCGGCGGACGACUCGCCCGGGUCGACGGCGAAAAGGGCGACCGGCAUCGGGGCGGGGAACGAACGGUGCCCCAGCUGCGACAGGCAGUUCGGGCCCAAGGCCUUCGACAGACACGUCGAGUGGUGCAAGGAGCACAAGGCCAGGAUUCAAAAAUCUCCGGCCAGCAACUUGGCCGCCAAAGAGCGCCUGGAAGCCAGAACGAAGUACAGAGUACCGCCUCUAAACAAAUCCAAAAGAUCCUUGACCAGAGAGAAGUACAAAGAAAGCCCCACGUCGAUAAACAGCCCCGAAGUCAAAAGUUACUCGACCACGACCCUCUCGAGAACGCCGAGCAUUAGAAAACCCAACUCGGUAGCGAACGUUAGGAAAAAACCCGAGGAAAAGAUGCCUGCGCUCGAAAAACAUCAACUUCAACCUGCGAAAGUUGAAGGCACCAAGAGUACAUACGACCCGUUUGAGUCGGCUCAGCGUCAGUUCAUGGAGUUGUUGGAGGACGACUUGGUGGUAAAACCGUUCAAGUCCACGCUGAGCACCCCGCGGCACGACCUAACCAAAACUAACACCCCUCUGCCGGCGCGUAAAGAUCGCGCUUCCGUCAUAGAACCACCGAGAGUUUUCCAGGAUUCCUUGGAAUCCGUUAACGACGACUUCGAGUUGUUGGAGAGUUUGAUCAAGGAGGAAGCUAGUUUUUUCUCGAGCAAUAACAACGCGGCAAGGAAAUACAGCGACGAUAUGUCCGUAAUAGAUCCUAGUUUGAUCAACGAGAACGACAACCUCUCCAUACCCGAUCACUUGAAGUUGGACGACUUGUCGCCAACCAGCACCAACGGUACGGACACCACACUGCGUAACGAAGACAUUACGAACGGUAACACGCCCGAAGUAAAGCAACCCGCAGCCAAACCGGUCAUAAAACGAUCGGUAUCGUUAAUAAAUCGCUCGGAUUCUAUCAAACUAAAGGAAAAAACUAACAGUGCCACCGUAAAACAAGGCCGUUACAUGACGACGAAAAACAAGGUUCUAAAUCGGUCUGUUUCCAGUGUGAAAGAUAAGAAAGGGUUGCCGAUAUUGAAGAAGCAAAUGUCAUUCGAACCCACUCCCAAACCGGUGUUGAAGAGCAAGGAGGACGUCAACAACUACUUCAACAACACCAGGGGUACCCCCGACAAAGAGGUCGUUCGUUCGGAGGAGUCCCUGAAGCCGGAGGAUCUCUUCGCAGUCGAUGACGAGAUGUUCGAAGAGUACAAAAAGUACGAAGAGAUGUACUUGAAGGAGAAGGAGAAGGGGAGCGUAAGCAACAAAAAGUGCAAACCCAAAUUGGAGAAUUUCGGCAUUUUGACAGCCAGCGAGGACGAGCAUUCGCCGCAAAUUACGAACUUGGCCAACGAUUCAGCCUACGGAAGUUUGCAACGAAAGACGCCGAAGCACCGCAGCAGGGCGGCCAAGUUGGCCCCCCUUGAGCCCCCCAAACGGCCGGAUUCGACCAGUUCCAGCGGUUCGGAGCAAAUAGCGCCCAAAUCGCCCAAAGAGUGCAAUCAAAAAUUAUCGAAAUUUUGCCACGAGUGUGGCAAUAAGUAUCCGGUAACAUCGGCAAAAUUUUGUGUGGAGUGUGGCGUUAAACGAUUGAUUUUGUGAUUAUUUUCAGCUUAUUUUAUUUAUACUACAUUGUUUUUAAGUUUUUAAUCUCUAGUCCAACUUAAAAAAUAUUUACACGUUUUUAUAAAUUUUUUUAAUGUAGGAUAUUAAUGAAUAAGAUUUUUAGAAAUUUUAGUGCAAUUUUUUGUAUAUUUAUUGGUAUUUAUAGCCAAUACCAAAGCGUUAUUUAUAUGAAGUGAAAUUAAAAAUGGGGAUUUCUCACCAAAAUGCUUUGUACUUAAUUAUUUGCAUUUACUUAACAGUUUUUACACCAUUCCAGGUUUUAUUCAUAAAAAAGCUAUAAUUAACAAGACUGAACCAUUUCUAUUAGUUUGUUAUUAUUAAUAUGUUUUUAAUAAAAUUAUUAUUUAAUUUUUUUUGUUUCAUUACAAACAUCCUACACUGCACUAUAAGUGCUUUACCCAAGUUCUAAACCGCACGUUGACCCCGCCUGACCUUUAAAAUAGUUAAAAACGGCCUUGAUACACAUUUAUUACUAGAGACCGGAUUAUAUGCAACAUAAAACUGCUGAAAAUGUGCAUGAACAAUAAUUAAAAGGUAAGCAUAAAAUUAU